AUGUCGUUGAUCUGUGCGCGUCGUCGAGUCUUCAGUGGGCUGGUGAGGCGGAAUCGUGCUUCAUUCAUUCAGAGUCGGUGUCUCAGUGGGACAUCUAGAUCUACUCCCACGAAAUACGACCAUGAGUACGACGUCGUAGUUGUUGGCUCGGGCUGUUCCGGCCUCACCGCCGCCGUCGUCGCCGCAAAGCGCGGUCUCAAGGUCCUCGUCGUUGAGAAAACCUCCUACUUCGGCGGCACCACCGCAUAUUCUGGAGGCGGCGCCUGGAUCCCCAACAACAAGUUCCAGCCAGCCCUCGGCAUCAAAGACUCCAAGGCCCAAGCCGACACCUAUCUUCACAAGGUUCUCGGCUCAUUGUAUGACCCUGAAACUGUCCCUGCAUUCCUAGAAUCCGGUCCGAAAAUGAUCGAGUGGAUGGAGGAAAACACGACUAUGAAGUUCAAACCAGUUCCGCUGCCAGACUACAACAUCUCCAAGGAAGGCGCAUCGGUCGGCCGAACAGUUCUAACGCAAGAGUUCGACGGGAGGAAGUUGGGGAGUCGUAUAAAAGAAGUGAGAUAUCCGAUCCAGGGGUACUCCGCGUUUGGGACCAUGCAAGCGGAUCCCGCGGAGCUCGUGAUUUUUUCGAACCCAUUUGGCAGUAUUGGAAACCUUGCCCAUAUGGCGCGGAGAGUUCUGCGGUAUGCUGUAGAUCUUGUGAGUUACGGCAAAGGUGCGGAGAUGGCGAAUGGGAACGCAUUAGUUGGGCGUCUCUUCUUCAGUGGGAUCAAAGAAGGCGUCGAAUACUGGAACAACACUCCCGCUAUCAAGGGCAUUUAUGACAAUGGUGUUCAAGGAAUCACCGUGAAGCGUGACGGAAAGGACGUGAACAUCCGAGUGCGGAAGGGAUUGGUGCUCGCCAGUGGUGGGUUUGGCAGGUCACAUGAGGCACAAGAGUACGUCUACCACGACUGGACAGCUCAACCGCGAGGGAACGUAGGAGAUGGAAAACGCAUUGGGUCAGAAAUUGGAGGUUUCCUGCCAGAAAAGAACCCUGACAACGCUAUUUACGCCCCGAUGUCCCUACUUCACAUGGCAGACGGCACAGUCCGAAGAUACCCUCAUUUUGCCAUCGAUCGAUCAAAGCCAGGCUCCAUCAUCAUCGGUCCAGAUGGAAAGCGCUUUGCAAAUGAGUCGGCACCUUACCAGGAAUUCGUUAAGGACAUGCAUCGUAAGAAGAUUACAAAAGCGUUUUUCCUUGCAGACCACCACUUCUUGCGGAAAUAUGGCAUGGGCAUGGCCUUACCGUGGCCUUACCCAAUACGGAGUCUUCUUCGACGCGGAUACCUGAUCAAAGCCUCGACCAUUGACGAGCUUGCGCGAAAGACGGAAGUCGACGCAAGCACUCUUCAUCAGACGAUCCGAGAUUGCAACGAGAACGCUGUGAAAGGAAAAGAUCCCGAGUUUGACCGCGGCGGGAAUAUCUACGACAGGUUCUACGGUGAUGCGGCUGUGAAGCCGAAUCCAAAUCUGGGUCUGUUUCAGAAGGGUCCAUUUUACGCGUUAAAACUCUAUCCUGGCAACGUGAGCACGAUGUGGGGCCUGAAGACAAACAAAGAUGCACAGGUUGUGGAUAAAAGUGGGAGCGCGAUUCCGGGGCUGUAUUCAGUCGGAUGUGAUCAGAAUUCCGUCUUUCGGGGGUGCUAUCCGGGUGGAGGGUCAAGUAUCGGGCCAGGGAUGACGUUUGGAUUCCGGGCGGGACAGCAUUUGGCCACAAUAUAAGCAUUGAUGGUCCGUUUAUCCAAACAUUCUUGUCUAUAUACAAUAUAUUACCU